AGAAAACGAGGGAGAGAAAAAGUGCAGGGAGCUGCGCGCCUAUAAAUUAUGCUGAGUGUCAACCGCCAUAUAUAGCCAGUUAAGCUACGAAGAAAGGAGCAGCCAAUUAAUCCGGUAAAUACAGCUAUAGGAUCGAUGGUGAACUGGGUACAAGUGAAACGGAAAUACCUGCUAAGCCGGCUGGCCAAGAACGCCGGCCUCCGGCAGCACGCCGUGGCCGUGGACGCCGGCACCGUCAUCAACUUCUGGCUGCCCAAGCACAAAGCACCGGCCAAGAAGAAGAAGAAGGCCACUACCACUACUCCCGUUCCUACCGUGGAGAAGGAUCAGUACCGAGGAGAAGAGACGGGGAAGCCCGCGGUGGUUCUGGUCCACGGCUUCGCCGGCGACGGUAUGAUGACGUGGGCGUUCCAGGUGGGCUCCUUGCGCAAGCGCUACGACGUCUACGUGCCUGACCUUGUCCACUUCGGCGGCUCGACCUCGCCGUCGCCUGACCGGUCCGUGGGCUUCCAGGCGGCGUGCGUCGCGGCGGCGCUGGAGAGGCUCGGCGUGGAGCGCUGCGCUGUGGUCGGGUUCAGCUACGGCGGGCUCGUGGCGUUCCAGAUGGCGGCGGCGUGCCCGGGCCUGGUGCGGUCGGUCGUCGUCUCCGGCGCCGACGUGGCGUACACGGGCGCGAUGAACGACGCCCUGCUCGCGAGGCUCGGCGGCGCCGCCCGGAAGAUCACGGAGCUCAUGCUGCCGGAGUCCGUCGCGGGCGUCAGUCGGCUCUUCUCCGCCGCGCUCCACAUGAGGAUGUGGAUGCCCUCUUGCUUGCUCAGCGACUUCCUCAAGGUGAUGUAUAGCAACCGAAAGGAGAGAACCGAGAUGCCGAAUGCUAUGGUGGUCAAAGACACCCAAGUAUUGACCCCUGCUUUUCAGCAGGUUGACCUGGACGAAAUCAAUACGUAUCUUUCCGGUCGACAUCGUCCAUAUUAUGAAGUUUCAAGAAGAACACCAACUCAUGGCAUACUCCUGCUAUGGGGCGAAAGCGACAACUUCUUCCCCAUAGAGAGCGCCAAGAGGCUGAAAGAGGAGCUGGGCGAAAAGGUGACUCUGCGGAGCAUAAGGAAAGCAGGGCACCUAGCCCAGCUGGAGAGGCCCUUCGUCUACAACCGCUGCCUCAAGGAGUUCCUGGCCCGUGUCAACGCUAUCUGAUCGUCAUUUUUUUCUCUUGCGGUGAUCGAUCUACACACCCUGGAUCGGUCGAUUUAUCUGUCGGUGAACGGAGAUCACCUGAGGUUCAUAAGAAUGAAACAUACUUUAUACAACUCAAAUAUACACUUGUUUAAAUGUACGGAGUACUUUCAGAUGCAUGCAUGUGGUACAGUCGUAGCGCUAAAUUUGUCGAACCUGCAUCGAAGUGUAAUAUGGCUGAAAGUAUAGGCUCGCCACGAUUGAUAAAUAAUAAGAUUUCUUUC